AUGAACAUACCCUUGGCAUCUAUCAAUAUUUCUGAAGAAAUGAAUAAAACUGGAAUAUGGAAGCAAGUAAAUAACAGUAAUUUGAGCAAGGGAUGCGAUGAGGGGAGAAAUUCAAAGGCUAAAUCUGGGAAAAAGUCCAUCAAACACAAGAAGCUUAUGUCAAAGAACUUCCAAUCAGAGGUCGAGAGGCGUCUCUCCACGAUGGACGAGGUUGAGGAAGAUGACUCAAUGAAGAGCGAACUUCUGAAGCGAAGAAAUUCUUGGAGUUUGAGCGGGAAAAGCGAAUGCAAGAAAAACGUAUCUGCUGAGACAUCGGUCUAACUACUUACCUAGUUAUUAUAUUUCGUAAAGAAUGGCAAUAAGCUACACCAAUUUUGUGUGAGAUCAAUUACCUGCAUAGUGCAUAGCCCAAGAUUGUAUAAGUCUUUAUUUUUUUAAUAAGUGUUCGUUGUUCAAUGUUGUAGUCUUAAUUUUAAUCUUUACAAAUUACUGGAAUUCAUGUAAUGAUAUUUUCCUACCAAUGUCCUGAACUAAAAUGGUCCCAAAUUCAAAAUUCUCUUUAGAAUAUAAGAUCAAUUAUUGAUAUAAGAAUUGUACUAUACCUACUACGUAAUAAUUAUAUAAACUAAGAUUUUUAAAUAUUAUAGAGAGUAGACGUUUUAAUUUUAUUAUACAUUUAUUACCUCCUCAAUUAAUAUAAUCAUGUAGUAUCUAAGUAGUAACCACAUUAUUUUAUUCAUUAAGUAACUUAAUGUAAUUUUUAUUAAUUUGAUAUAUGCUACUUAAAUAAACGUUUUAUAAUUUGUUAUUUAAAGCUUUUUGUGUUCACUAUUCACAUGAAGAAUUUUUCACUUAGUUGUUGUCCUAUUUUAGUGAAUUAUUUACUGUUAAUUUUAUAACUGUACUAGACUAAGAAUUGAAACAUUGGCACAAACUUUGUAAGCAAUUAUUAAAAUAGGCAAUUAAUGAUUAUUAUUGUGAACAUUGAUGUCGUUUCUCGAUGUAUGAGCCAUUUACCGUUUCUGUAUAGCUAGUUAAUCUAUUAUGUACCUAGUUGGAUAUUUAUUUCGACCCGAAUGGGUACCUAAUGACUAAUGUCUAGAAAUAACCACUAGUUUAUGUACGCAUGUAAGCAAGUGCCAAUAGAGAAACACCAUUAGUUUUAUUAUAAUUUAUUAUCUAAAUGUACUAGAUAUUGUGUCGUGUAUUCACGUUUUAGUAACUAAGUAGUAUUGGGAGUUUUACGAGCCGAGUUUACGCAAACAUGGCGACAAAUACAUAGGUUUAGGAUAAUGUAUCCAGAUGUCUGAAACUCGGGUUUAUCUAAUAUGAUAUAGAUGUAAGGUGUAACUGCUAUUACAGCAUGAAAGGAAACACCAUUUCCUAAUGUUUUGUACGUUUGCAAAAAAAUUAAAGACAUAACUUCUAUUUGUGAUUUACGA